GCAACCAACUAAUAUUAUAAUAUUUUAUUACGAAAUACGAUAAUCCCAAGUGUCAGUUUACAUCACGAACUAAGAUAAUAAUAUAGUGUAUCUUAGUUCGUGGUUUACAUGUUGAUUAAUUAUUUACAUCAAUGACAUUCACAAAUAACAUACGCGUAUAGCGUUCGUGGUAAAACUGUAGGUUAAUACUUAAUUUGUAUUUUGCCAAUAUUGAACAAAAAAGAAUUUGUAAACAUCAUAAAUAAAAUGAGUAAUAAAAAACCUCCUAUACCGCAAUGUCCUACACUACCGGUAGAAGAAGAAAUCGAAGAAGAUUUAAAAACAAUAGACGAAACAGAAGCUCCACUGUUGACAGAUGAUGCUAAGGUUUUAUUAGAAUCCAUUGGGACUGAAGUACUUAGAAAUGAUUUACAAGAAACAGCUCAAAAGCUCGCUGAUAACGUGGAUGAAUUAGAACAAACAAUUGCUACAUUGGAUAAAAAGCAUAAUGAAUUGAUGACUUGUGAGAAAGAAUUGGAAGAAAUUGAAGAAGAAAUAGAUAGACAGAUUAAAGAAAUGAAUAACUACAUAUCUGAAAUUCAAUCAAAUGCUACUCCUGCAGUAAAGUAAACAUGUUUAAUUAUCUUAUAUUAAAUUGACCAAUAAUUACUUCUAUUUUUUAUAUUUGUACAAUUUAAAAUUUAUCACUUACAAAAUGUUAUAAUAAAAAUGAGAUCUUGGUAAGAAGAUUAGUUAUAUUUUUGUUAUAAAAUGUAUACAAUAAAAAUCUGUUAUUUAAGUAAAAAUGCCAAUAAAAGAAUUUAAUAAUA